UCCGGGCGACCGCCAUCUUGCUGUGAGUUGCAGAGAUUGCGGAAGAGAAACCUGCAUGAACAACUUACAUUAUGUGACUAGUGUGGUCCUAUCGUUAUAACACCGACUUAAAUGCAUUUGAACAAUGGCGCCAAUUUUUUCGUAGAUGUAAUUCCAAUAGAAGAGAUUUGGACAAGUUCUCCAAAAGUGAGGCACGGGUGUUUUGGGGUGUGGGUUUCAGGCAUAGCGGGGGACGAUUGUGACCAUAGGGUGGUCGAGACAUUGUAAUCAUGAGUACGAGUUCUGCUACAGGCCGCCGGCGUUCUGCCAACAGGCAGUAUUCCGCAGAAGAACAGGCUCUCAAUCAAAUUUCAAAGGAAGCUGAAUCUCGACUUGCCGCUAAACGAGCUGCUCGGGCGGAGGCCAGAGACAUCAGGAUCAAAGAGAUAGAACGACAACAGAAGGAGGAAGAAGAACGACAAAGAAGACAAGAAGAGGAUGGCGACAAGAAUCGAGAUAUCUUGUCUAGUCGGCGAGGAAGUGAUGAUUCUAGCCAUUCUACAUCCACGAUUGAUGACAUGGAGGGACCCAGGGAGAUGAAGGAUAUUGCUAGGGAGUUAAAGGGUAAAUUACGUGAGAUGGAUGAAAAAUACAAAAAGGCUAUGAUGACUAACGCCCUCCUUGACAACGAGAAACAGUCACUGGUGUACAGGGCAGAGCUUCUCAAAGAUCAGAUGGAGGAACUGGAGGAAACGCUAGUGGAAAUACAACGUGAAGCUAAACAAAAAAACAGGGAGGUAGAAAUGCAAAAGAGGGACAUGAAAACUUUAGAAUUUGAACAUAAUAAUUUAAAAAUGCAACUGGAGGUUAAAGACAAGCUUAUACAGGAGAGUGGUCUUGUGAUAUUAUCGACAGCGGAGGGUUCCUACACCUUAGAAAAAUGUACAUCUGUACACAACACGUCACCUGUCCCUGCUUUAGGAAGUCUACUUAUAUCUGUAGAGGCUGCCGACAUACUAGACAAGGCUGGAGAUGGGUCAUUAGAUGAUAAAAUAAAAAAGUUUGCAGAAGAAAGGAAUGUUUUAACUAAAGAGAUUAAAAAAUUACAAGCUGAAUUGGAAGAGGAAACGUCAAAACGUGAACAUUCUUCUCCGAAAGUUCCACAAAUUAAUGGUCCCGAGAUGCAGUUGUAUGAAGUUCAGAGGGAAGCUAGCAAACAGAUACAUGAAUAUAAACUAAAGCUACAGAAGGCAGAACAAGAUAUAACCAAUCUAGAAGGAACUGUGACUAGGUUAGAUUCACAAGUAAAGAGAUAUAAAACUGAUGCUGAGGAAUCGGAGAAAUUAGAAGAUGAACUUAAAACAGAGAAACGGAAGUUACAAAGAGAGUUACGAGAGGCACAGAAUUAUGUGGAAGAAUUAACAAAUUCCAAUAAACACAUGCAGAAAAGACUGGAGAAAAUGAAACAGGCUCGUAACGCUUUAGUGAACCAGUGAGAGGUCUUCAAAGGCCAUGUAGACACAAAGUUUGGUGAACAAGUUCGGCAUGGCUUACGUGUGAUUCCUGUGCACAGACUAGACAAAAUAGUGCUGCAUCCUGUCACAGACUACAUAUAGAGCUUACGUCACUCGGGUGACCUAACCUGAUGACGUCAUGAUGUAUACAAAUUUAGGCUGAGUUCUGUGUUGCUUCGGAUCAUUUCACAUUCUUCAUCCACCUACAGAAAUGGCCGUCGUCUUAUAAUUUCCUUGCUAACUGUAUAAAGUUUGCCUGUAAGGUUACCUUGUAUAGCUUUCCAUUGGCGUGGCAGAAUCUGUUGAAAUGGUACAUGUUGUAUAGGAAAUUGUAACAAAAAUUAAGCUUUGACUGAAUACUCUUUUCCUUUUAUUGGAGAGUUCAGCAAUAAACCGAUGAUUGUCAUGAGCAAUGCGUUCAUUCCACCUGAGGGAAUUGAACUUGGCAAUUGUAAAUACAUGUACGAAUGUAUUUCCUAAGACUGUUUCAACAGAUUCACAGCUUAACUGUGUUAAUGGAAAGCAGAUCAAGUAUUUCAUAAUCAGUGGUUUUUGUUUGUAAAUUUAAAAUGAUUAAUGGCUAUUUAGAAAUGUACUAUGUACAUUUUACCCAAUCAUUUCUAUAAAUACAUAUAUUUUUGUCGGCGAAUAUUUUUACAAAUUCCAAUUUUGAUGAUUUAACACAUCGUUGAUAUUAUAAACUGCUGUAUCCUGAUAAGGUUUCUAUAACAAACACAGAAAAAAAUCUUCCAAAUAUUGCCAAUCUCCAUGUCAUUCAAGUUUUCAGUAAGAUGUUUUUUGUGCCAUUUACGAUCAAUUGGAUUGGGUUUAAACUUUUUUGAACUUUGUAAUUAAAAACCUGGUAGCAAUAUGAUGAUCCACACACUUUACAAAGACUACCAAUACAUUUUCUGUGCAAGAAUAAUUUUCAGUUGUUUAAGAUGGAAAAAUGUACACACAACUCACUGUAGAAAGCAGAAAUAUUGAUUUGUUGUGGUGGAUUCAGGAUAUUGUAGUUAGAUAUACUGUUUAUGAUACAAAAAUCACUGAUUACGUUUGCUUAUGUUAUCGUCUGCUUCCUAAAGUUCAUGUUAUAUGAAGCAAAGCAAUAAUCACAUCGUUCACAAAUUUAUAUUAUUGAUUGAAUGGCUCAAUGAUUGAAAGCUGAAUAUUUUAUUUGAAUAUUUAUUUAUUCAUUCAAUACAUAGUUCUGUAAAUAUUUUAUCAGAAGAUUUCAUAAUUAAUAUUUCUUAAUAUUGUAAAACAAAAAGAAUAUGCCAGUCAUAAUCAGAUUAUGGAAAAUGGUAAUUCACUGUGUCACCGAUUAAUUUAAACAUUUUGAUGUGAGAUUGUUUAUGAACCAUUUGGAUGUGACAUUGUUUAUGAACCAUUCGUAUAUGACAUUGUUUAUGAACCAUUCAGAUUUGACAUUGUUUGGUGAAUGACUUUCCAAUCGGUUACCAUGUACUUUAAAAACAAAGGCAUGUUUAGUGAAAUAGUCAUUAUGAAGUGAUUUUUGUUAAAAUCUUGCAGAAAUGAUGAUUUUUGUAUGAAAUGAUGCAUACAGUACAACUAUGGCAAUAGAGUACUACAGGUAUUAUACUUGUGGUACGGUUACUAUAGCAACCGAGUGAUGUGCUGAUGUUGUCUCAUGAAAGUUGUAUACAUUAUAGCAGUGGUAACCAAGAGCAUUUUAAUGAUUUUGAUGUAAUAUUGUAGGACACUGUAUACAGACAUAUUUUCAUUGCAGUGUGAGUUUUGAAGAUUUCUAUUCCGUCUUUUCGUAUUGCAGAGUUAUCAGCUCUUAUGAGCAGGUAUUGAUUAUUACGUCAUUAGUUUGUGUGAGAAAAUUACGUCGUUUUCUCAAAAAGUUAUGACGUUGUUCUCACAAACAAAUGAUGCAACAAUCAAUACCUGCUCACAAGAGCAGAUAACUCUGCAACACGAAUAGACGGAAUUUAAGGAAAACUCUUUCAGGUCAUUCACCCUUUCACCACUGUGGACCAUAAUGAACUCACCCAUACAUGUAUGGUAGAGUCAACUCAAAUUACCUAGGGAUGAAAGGGUUAUCAAAAAGCAUAUAAUAAACCAGCAUUUAGAACUUCACAAACAUGUAGGUAUAUUUUUACAAAAUCUUAAACAUCAACAAAAAUAUGUACCAGGUACUAUAAUAAUUGUAUACCGUUAUACCCAAUUCACAAUGUAAAAUAAAUGUUUAAGAAUAAUUAUGGUCUUUAUUAAUGAAAAAAAAAGAAACAAAAUCCAGUAUUUAUUUUAUAUAUUUUGGGUAUUGUGUAUUUAUUAAAACAAGAUCACUAACAAUUACUUAUUUAUAGUUGUCCGUUUCUGCAAGAGUUGAUGUGCUAUAUGAGCUGAAUACAAUUGAAACACCAACCAUGUCAUAAUAUUGAUGAACAUCUAUAUCCCUCCCUUCCGCCCUUCAGUAUAUAUAUAUAUCUGUAUUAUACGUAUAUAGGUUUGUAUAUCGUGUGGGACAUCCUUACUGGUGUUUACAGUAGAUUACUGGGUGUACGAAGUGAGAUUGGAGAUUUUACCAUGAUAUAUAUAUGUAUAAACAUUCAGUCUUAAAAUUUUAAUAUCAUUCCUCAUAUUAAUUACAUUUAUAAUUUGAAAGAAGAAUGAGUGUUGUGAGUUUAUAUAUUAGAGGUAUAAUAAAACUGUUUUAACAUAACUUGCAUGCAGCCAAGCAUUAUAUGCUACCAAAUACAGAUUUUUCAUUGGAGAGUUUGAAAAAAGUCUAUUGUUAGCCUAUAUGUUAAGAGUAAAAACACAGCUAAUAAUUUCAGAAAAAAAUGUAAAGAUAAUGUGAAAAAAAAUCUAUUGUCAAGGUGAAAACAUGGGUAAUUAUUUCAGAAAAAUGAUGAAAACAAUAAUAAAGGAAAUUUACUUUUAACUAGAGUAGAUAAUUUCAACAAGAUGACAGUGUUACAUGAAGUUGAUAAUUGUUUACAUCGUUGUAUGGAACACCACUGUUGCAUAAUCGCCUCGGUGUAGACCCUUACUUUUGCUGUAAUAGACUGAAUAUAUGCUGGCUCCCUGUCCAGUACAUUUAAGUUUCAACAGUUCCCAAAUUUGUGGCUGGUAUUUUGAACUUGUGUACAUCUGAAGCGAAAGCAGAAGUGCAUGCAUGAAUAACAUGAUUUUCAUAAAUGAUAAUGUGUUUUCAAAAAUGUCAAACUUAAAAACCACAGGUAUAGGGGUGAUUCAAAUUGAAAAAAAAUCAAGACAAAAAUCUUGAAAUACUUCUAUGAGAUAUUACAAUUAUUCAAUUCAUGACCCAUUAAGUUCUUAUAAAGAGAAUUAGUUGGAAAGCAGUUUGAAUUUAAGUAUGCAUCUGAGUAUAUUAAUUUUUUCACUCUUUAUUCAUUGCAUGAUCUAGUGAUAGUGUUUUGACCUUUCCACGCAAGUAGAUUAGACUUGUUGAUUUACAAACCAUUCACGGUUUUUAAAACCACCAAGUCCUAUAUUUAUUAGCUCACCUGGUCCAAAGGACCAAGGUGAGCUUAUGCCAUACCGUGGCGUCUGUCGUCCGUCCGUCCG